CUGCGGAGCAAGCAGGUGAAACAAAUUCUAAAAAUCACCAUGGAUGAUGAUCCCGAUCGUCCACAUAGCGACGAAUCCAUCGAGAAUUCUUUAAAGGAUUUUGAUGUUAAAAUGCUAGAUUGGCGCAAAGUAGAUCUCUGCCCAGAACUCAUACAAAGAGCAUGCAAAAACGUCAUGAGUGCGCAUCUGCGCUGGAGCGGUAACAAUAUAGCUCUGAGAGCUUGGAGCGAACCACAGGGUCUCCCAAAGCUCGAAACCCCACAAAGAUGGCGUAGGAGCAACUUGCAAUCUCAUCGUUGGCUCAAAGCUAUGAAUUCCUUUGCCGAGCUUAUACACGGCAUGGAGGAUAUCGAUACAAAUGAGUCCCAUCUUAAAGAUCCCAUCACGGUUGCGGUGAUAGACGAUGGGGUCAACAACUGCCACCCUGCGUUGCGUGGUAAGAUUCACAGCGAGUUCUCCUUCCAUCAAAGAGAGAACAUGCCGAUUCCAUAUUAUGUGACAAGCACUGGGCAUGGAACUGUCAUGGCGACUAUGAUCUGCCGCGUUUGUCCCAAAGCGAAGCUGCAAAUAUUCAAGCUAGAUACCUACACCUCAAACGAUGGCACUACACAGAUUACUGCCGAAAGUGCCGCUCUGGCAGUUGAAGCCGCCGUUGCUCGCAAAGUCCACAUUAUCUCGAUGUCAUGGACGAUCCAAGAGACAGAGGAUAAUAAGUCAGGUACUAGAAGGCUUGAUGCAGCGCUUCGGAAAGCACACGACAGCAAUAUAAUAAUGCUUUGCUCUGCUAGUGACAGAGGAGCUCACCCUGACAAUAAUUACCCAGCCAGGUUCAAGGUCAAGCAAAUCUUCCGCAUCGGAGCAGCCACUGCGGACGGUCGGGUGUGGGGAAUGGCCGGAGACCUUGCGAAUAUGGACUUUAUCUUGCCAGGUCACAAUGUUUUUGAUGCCGUGGGCUCCUAUAAUGGUCUGCUGGAAAACUUCAAGCCUCGCACCGGAUCAUCCGUGGCAACAGCCCUGGCCGCUGGCCAAGCUGCCCUCAUCAUGCACUGUGUGCGCUUGGCAGCAAUUCAUUCGACGAAGAACGUUCGAACGAAUUUUCUGAGUCCGAGGAAACAUGAAGCCAUGAAGGCCGCUCUGAAACGCAUCGGGACCAGUGAUGAAGGGCAGCAUAAAUUCAUCGAAGUCUGGAAUCGCUUCGACUCUGCGACGGAGAACUUGAGAGGAGCAUCCAUGAAUGAAAUGCUGAACUAUCUAGCC